AUGGCGGCUGUCUAUGGCGAGGCAGACUGGUUUCCCUCUUUCUAUGUUCGGAGUCAAAGCAACAAUGAAGGCCGCCUCGAACCAACUCCGACAACCUCAACCCCUGGCACAAAGCGCAGGGAUCCACUCGCGGCCUCGAUCAAGCGACGGUUGAACCUCGUGAAUUCGAGCAAUGGUCAGAGACCGAAGUGUGCGAGACGCCCGGCAUUGAAUAUGAUGCGAACCUACAAAACAUCAUCAUCAAGACGGCAGGCCCUGUGCAUCAGGCUGCUAGUAGUGUUGAUAUACGACUGGUUGAGCAAAAUCGCCAAGGGAAUUCAAGACGAAAACGAUGAGUACGUGGCUUGUUACGAGACCGAUGUCAGGCUUCUCCAUUCGCCUUCCCCCGGUAAAAAGGUCCCAGAUGUGCUGCUGAAAAAGCGCCAGACGCGAUAUCCGGUUAUCGCGGUUGAGGUCGGGGUCUCAGAGCCUCUCACCAAACUGUUUGAGGAUGCAGAGAGGAUAUUCUCUGGGUCCAGAAACACCGAUCUUGUUAUCCUCAUUAAUAUUGAGGAGCAUGGGACAAGAACCAACGGAUCCCCGUGGGGCCUAACUGAUGAAGAUAUUCGCGGCAUGCAGGAUGCAGACUGCCUGGCAGACAAGAUCCUGAAGUGGCAUCAGGAUCAUAGUUGCCCAUUGGUAGGCAGCUUUACUGCAGAGAUCUACUUCUACUGGAAGGACGUGGGCCAUCAUCAUCAACAUCGCCCGACUCAGCCCCUUUGGACAUACCGAUUCACACUGGACGGACCGGUGCAAGAGGGCAGGUUCACCACCACCACGUCCUUCUCACGUUACCUUACAGAAGAUGGCUUCCGCUUCCGAUUUCACGGAAAGGAGUUCCCACUGCCGCUGAAACGGAUGGAGGAAGAAUUGAAGGCGUCCCUGGCUGAGUUUGAGGUAUGGAGGUCUGGUGAAUUUGCGAGCAAAAAAUGGAAGCAGGUGCAUGGCAGCCAAGAAUAUUGA